CAUCUGAAUAUUCAGUACAAACUGUAAUAGUUGAAAAAGUUUCAUUGAGAGUUCCGUCUUUAUCAGUUCUAAACUCUAUUUACGUUCAGAAACUGAAAAUAUCGAAUAAAAGGUUUUGAUUAUGAACUAUUGAUACAAAUAAAUUGCCAAACAAAACAGAACUUUCAUGUGAAAACUUUUUUUCUCCGUAUGUUUUAGUAUUUGUUAAUACUUGAAUUAUAUUUAAAUAAAUCUACAUCAAAAAUUCGAAAACUAAGUGGAAUUCUCCGAAGAUUGAAUCUUGUAUCUGGUCGAAUUUUUUAGAAAAUACAAUAUAGUAAUACUGAGAAUACUAAAGUUUGUUUUUCGAGACAAUUGCGUAAAAUGCUAAUAACCUUUCAUCUCGUUUAAGUUGAAAUGAAUGAAUACUCCACUCCAAAAAAUUAUGCCGACCAAAGCUGAGCUAAUAAAUUUAUCCAGGAGUGGAAAAGCUGUUCAUCUCAAUUUCCAAGAACCAUGCCAUAGCUGGACAGAUGAUCUUCCAGUGUGCCCAUUAUCUGGUGUUGGCUUUUCUAUCAACCAGAAAUAUAGAGCUGAUGGCUUAAGAUGGGAAGAACAUGCAUUUGAAGACAGGAGUUUUCAUUUUAGAUAUGAUGAGAAUACAUAUUUCUAUGGAGUAUUUGAUGGCCAUGUUGGAACAAAGGCAGCCGAUUUUGCUAUGCAGCGCAUGCCUGCUGAAAUUCUUUUGGGUCAACUGAAAGGAAAAGAAAAAGAUGAAGAGAUCCAUGAAGUCUUGCAACAAGCAUUUUUAGCCGUGGAGAAAGGAUUUUUUGAAUCUAUCGAUGACUUGCUGGCUGAAAAAGAAAAUCUGAGGUUACAACUUCAAGGAUUACGUACUAUAGAAGCUUUGAAGCAAUUUCCUGAAGUGGUUGAAAGAUUGAAGUCAGUCACAGAAGAAAUACAAAGUGGUACAACAGCUGUUGUUGCUUUGAUAUUGAAAAAUAAGUUGUAUCUUGCUAAUGUGGGAGACAGCAGAGCGCUUCUCUGUAAAGAAGAUGAGAAUAUGAAAACGUCUAUUGUGCAGUUGAGCCCAGAUCAUAUAUUUAGUAAUGAAGACGAACUGCUAAGGUUAUCUCAGCUGGGAUUAGAUGUUGAGAAAAUCAGAAACCAACAAAAAUCUGGUUUACAAAACUGUACUCGUUGCAUUGGGAACUACACUGUGAAAGGAGGAUACAAGGAAUUUGAUAAUCUAAGUGAUGCUCAAGAUGAACCUAUUAUUGCAGAACCAGAUAUUGUUGGAGGAAUCAAAAUGGAUGAGAAAUCCAAAUUUCUUCUCUUAAUGUCUGAUGGUCUAUAUCGAUCAUUAGAAGAGGCAACGGGAUCCUUAAAUGUCAAUGCAAUGCUUGUUAAUAUGGUGUUAGAGCAAUUCUCUGAGCAGUCUACUCUAAAUGGGGUGGCACAGGCUGUUGUGGAUAAAGUUCUCCGCAUCCACCAUGAUGCUUUUCUGAGGGAUACUCACAAUCCAAGACGCUGUCAAAAAAGAGAUGAUAUCACACUAAUGAUAAGGAAUUUCAAUUGUCCCCUUCCCAAUGCUCACAGUACUUCAAUAGGAUCUGCCAGCAAAGUUGUCGAAGGUGACACUUCGGAGCACAAUAAUACACUGUCUGGUAUUAACUCCAUUGACAGCUCUUUUCUUGACGGAAAGACACCAUUUUUCAUGAAUGACGCCACUUCUUUGACGAGCACGUCCGAAUCAGCCGGGCCACAAGUUUUGUUUCAGUCUGCAACAGAUAUGUCCUUGGACGAGGAGGGUCGAAUCAAAUCUUACGUUGACUUCUCUGAUUUCUAUUCUGCUGUUGCAAAGGCUUAUGAAGGAGGCCUAGUUCCAAAAGAUUGGUUAAAACCUGAAUGUUAGUGAAUGAUUUGUAAUAUAGUGACUGUUUAUAUCGACCCAUUAUCAUUAUGCUAAGAUGUCUCUAAAAUUAUUCAAUGUUAUAGCUUUCUAUUUUAUUGUAAUUUAUGAAUAAAUUUUUAUAAGAAAUAGA